AUGCAAUCGCGAGACGUGGUAGUCAAUCAUGGAUUCACCAAACCCCAGGGGACAUUUCUUACAAUACCCAGUCAAGGAUUAGGUGAAAAGUUAUUCGGUCCCACGUCAUUGGAGUCUCUGAUGCUCACCUUCAAGGACACGCUCGCGGAUGGUCUUGAUCCUGAGACGACGCCGGCAUUAAAGGAAUGCAGUGAUUUGGCCCUGUGCGAUGUUAGUCUUCCCAUGAACCAGCGAGAAGAUCUUCCUACCGAUGAGUCGUUGCCCACGCCACCUCCGUCAGCAAUAUUGAACGCCAUGAUUGAGCCGUAUUUUGCUACCGUCAAUGCUCACUUUCCCAUUUGGACAAAACGGCAGAUUGAGGAAAUGGCUGCCACCUUGGAACAAUCUACAUCCACCGAACGUGACGCGGCAACCAUGAUUUGCUGUAACAACCUGAUUCUCAUGACGCUGACUGCAAAUUCGCUACGCUCUCGAUGGGGAAAACCCUUGCAAACUAAGCAUAGACGCAGGCAUUUGUCCAUCGACUCCGACAUCACUGCAGGUUUCCUCAUGAACGCGAAGCGAGCCAUCAAACACGUUGAGCUACUGCUCUCGCCUUGUCUUGUCAAUGUCCAAGCGCUUUUGUCCUUGUGCAUAGUGGCACAAGAGCAUCUCUCCUUAUAUCUCGUCGAGGCGAUAUUUUCUCUGGCUGCGCAGUGCGCAAAGUCCACGGGUAUUCAUCAAUGGGAGUACUUUCGUGGUCAUUUCAAUGAACAAGCAGCCCAGGAGAGACGAAGCGUCUCCUACUGCUUAUACAUUCUCGAUAAGACGGUUUGCUGGACAACUGGCACAUCUCCUAGCAUACCAGCGUCCGAUUUACUCUUGGACUAUACGUUGGCGCCAGAUGAUGGCGGUACGAUGGCCUAUCUGUUUGCAAGAACAGAGUUGGCUGUCAUUGAGGAGAUGAUUUACUUGAGAGUGUACUCCAACCAGGUCGAGGUGCGAACUGAUGACCAAGUUCGCCAGGUCGCGGCCAAGAUCUCUCAGAGACUUCAAGACUGGCUGGUUAGCUGGCGCAUCCACUUGAAUGAGGUGGAAAGUCAUCAGAAACAACCCGUCUGGAAAGCCAAGCUAGCGGUCGACUUUCUCUGUGUGCAGUUGCUGCUCCUCUGGCCCUACGAGAGCCAUCCAGACGCACUAUUCCAUCAGCAGACACACAUCGCCAGGCGAUGCAUGAGGCUUGUUCUGCACCUCUGGCAGUCUACCCAAGAAGGAGGGCUUCAUGUAGCCAUCGCACGGUCAGUAGUGUACAAUACCCAGGUUCCUCGCCGUUUGCUUGUCCUUGUCACCAACUGGUUCAACUGGAAGCAAAAUGCUGACUUUUGUAAAUUCUCAUGUAGCCUUGUUGCGUCUCAUCCACCACUUUAUCUGCAUGCUAUCUAUAUGCAAGGUGCAAGGGGCAGGGGGCAAGAAUUUGACCAAGAUUUGCUGCGGGAUUACACCGAAAUGCUUGAAGUCAUAGCCGACUCCCAGGGAGAAAACUGCUACAACAGACGCCUGUGCCAAAUUUCGCGUUUUCUGAUGCGAGUAAAAACUACUCAAAAUACGCCAAAUAAGCGGCAGAAGCUCAACCCGCGUGCAACAAGCGCAACGUCGAUUCCAUCUCCCCAGUCUGGGAGUAGUCUCUCGAAUGGCUCGCCAAUACAAGUACAUUCUCCCAGUCGAACGUCUCGAUUCAUGGCGCUUGAGCGGCACAAUCAGGAAGGUGGCAUUUCAGCUGGGGGCUUGGACGACUCACUCAACCUCUUGAGUCCCUCAGAACAAAGCAACAUGGGACAAUCUCAACCUCUGGCCGACGAGCUGGAGACUGCCACUAGUUAUACAAGUGAUUUCUUGGGACAAUACGAUGCCGUAGACUUCGAUUCAAGGGCGGCAGAUGAGGAGUUUGGCGUCUGCGACAACUUGUGGUUGCAACAAGGGGGGUUGGAUCAGCCGUCAACAUCACCUCCAGCGCGGUAUGCAGUCGGAGCCGACUGGGGUAUGACGGAGUUUCCCCCAUUCCAAAGAUGA